AGCACACCUGAUGUAUUUCCCUGUACACAUCUGUAAACAAAAGUUUUCAUAUUUUGUGUACAACAAUAAUUGAUGAGACCAUGAGUUUUCGCAGAUUGACGCCACACAGAAGAAGGAACUCAAAUAGAAAACUAGAAAUUCCGUCCACUGAAAAUGAAGUGUGUGCAGAACUUAAUUAUGAUACUGUUAAAAAUGCAAUCAUUGAUGUCGAAAAUGGUUUAAACGAUUUACGGAAGAAAGUGAAAGCAACAAAAAAGGCCAGAGAACAAAACCGGAGAAACAACUAUGAAGAUACAAAACAACUUUUAUUAGACAACGUUCACAGUAAAAUGAACUUACUUAAUUCAGCAUUUCACGUAACAUUUAGUGAAAUAUCGCAACUAGAAGAAAAUUUUAGGAAAUUAGAAGAAAAUAACAGAGUUUUGAAAAAAGAACAGUCAAAUCAGGAGAGGAAGAUUAAAGACUUAACUUUUUCGCUUGAAGAACGCGACAAAAAGUUGAAAGAUGUAGAAUUAAAACUUUUACAAGGAAACACAUCUGAUUCUACACAGGAAAGCAAAUUAGAAGAAGAUUACAGGAUGUUAAAAAGAGAACAGUUGGAACAAAACAAAAAAGUAAAAGACUUAACAUGUUUAUUAGAAGAGCGAGACAAAACAAUAAUGGAAAAAGAUGUUGAAAUUAAACUUUUACAAGAAAGUGUAUCAAAUUCAACAAAGGAAAGUACGGAAACAGCCGAUGGUAGAGUUGAUAUAUCUGCAAACACUGAUUUAUCAGAUCCAAAUAGACCAAUGAAAAUAGCAGAAAAGAUCUCCGAGAUGUUUGAUUAUGAAUGGCCGAAAAGUAUUGAAGCCUUAGAAGAUUUUGGUUUAGAGGAAAAGGAAUGUGUCAAUAUAUUAUUGCAUUUUCUUACAGAUGCAUACGAGGAAUGUGGAAGGAUCGUUUCAGAUUUAAAUCAUCAUUUAAAACAAGCUCUGAUUGUUUAUGAUGGUGUAGGAGACGUCGAGGAGCCUUCAAAUCAAGUUGUUCCUGCUGAAAUGUUACAAAAAUUGAAGAACUUGAGACUUCAGUUGACAGAAACCAACCUUGAAAUAUUACAAAAGAAGCUUCGGAUUCAUCUGAGAAAAGCUAGGUCAAAUGUAACUGAUGAACACAUCAUAGCCUGUGCUAAAUAUGUAUCAGAUUGCAUAGAAUAUGUUUGGAUGAUACAGAUUCAAGAUCCUAAAGUUUAUAUUGAAUGGGAUUUCCCGAGUGGAGCGAAAAUUGACUUGGAUCUCUUUCGAUCUUAUAAAAAAACUGGAAAUUAUAUAGACUUUAUUGUGUGGCCUGUUAUAUAUGUUCACAAAGGCGGUAAUUUGCUUUGUAAAGGUGUUGUGCAACCGAUGUCAGAAAAUAAAGGUUAAUAAAAUGCGUAAUAAAUGUUAUCUUCUUA